UUACAACUACUUGACUUUCUUUCCCGCCUCGCACUUUCUGGAAUCUUACAUUUUUUCUCAGAACAGAAAAUUAUAUCAAUCUUAAUUGAAUCUCAAUAGCAGUAAUCGUACCGUUGAUAUUGUUCAGUUGUUCCGUUCAUUUCUCGUAAAUUUCACAAUGCAGUCGACUCAUGACCAAAACGACGACGAACUCUUCCAUGUCAUUCAUAAAGUCCCCGCCGGUGAUUCUCCCUACGUCAGGGCCAAGUGUGUUCAGAUGAUCGAGAAGGAUCCAAGCAAGGCUAUUUCCAUGUUUUGGGCUGCAAUAAAUGCUGGGGAUCGAGUUGAUAGUGCCUUGAAAGACAUGGCAGUUGCAAUGAAACAGUUAGAUCGAUCUGAUGAGGCAAUUGAGGCCAUCAAAUCUUUUCGACAUCUAUGCCCUGAUGAUUCUCAGGAGUCUCUUGAUAAUAUCCUGAUUGAACUCUACAAGAGGUCUAAAAGGAUUGAAGAAGAGAUUGAAUUGCUUCAGCACAAACUGAAAAAUACUGAAGAAGCUAUAGCUUUUGGUGGAAAGAAUAUAAAGAUUGUGAGAUCUCAGGGGAAGAAGCAUGAAAUAACAUUUGUUAAGGAGUUAUCUAGGAUACUAGGAAACUUGGCUUGGGCUUACUUGCAGAAAAAUGAUUAUCAGAGUGCUGAAAAAUAUUAUAUGAAAGCUCUGUCUCUGGAACUGGACAAGAACAAGCAGUGCAACCUCGCAAUCUGCUUGAUGCAUAUGAACAGGAUUCUAGAAGCAAAAUCUUUACUUCAGGCUGUAAGAGCUUCGUCCGUAAAUGAAACAGUGGACAAUUUGUAUUCUAAAUCCUUUGAACAUGCUUUCCAGAUGCUAACUGAAUUAGAGUCCAAAUUAAUGUUACAUGAAACUAAGAGUCCAAGUGGGAAAAUACCAUGGAAGCAAACGGUAGCUGGUGAAACUAUGUUUGACAAUGUAGUAUUUUGUACACAGCCAAGAUAUAUUCAAGGUUCUUAUAACAAAGAACAGAGAAGUAAAAGAUGGAGGGAGGAGGUCCAUAACAAAAUGGAAGCUCAUGUAGUCCGGAAUCUCAAUGGGGAAUUACAAUCUUCACCUAAUGAAAAGUCAGGAAUGGGGCUGCGAGACCCUGCAGCUAUCUUGUCUCCUACUUGUGAAGGUUGGAGGAGGAGGACAUGGAAACUUAUUUCUCAAGACCGAAUCAGAAGAUAAUCUCUGGUUCUAUCUAUUACUUUCUCUUGCAUUCUUCACAAUUGUUCAUUUUUGUCUUCCUAAAACCACCUUUGGAGCAACAUUUGUUUUCAAUGUUCUAAACUUAGUGUUGCUCUUUUAUAUUUACUUACUACUUUACAUGGCCCUCCGUUGCAUUCUUGUAUUAAAGCUUUUAAAAUACACAAAAAUAAAUACAUGCAUGAAUGCACACACAAAAACUACAUUUGCGCACAUUCAUAGAUUCACGCACACUGAUUUACCUGCAAGUUCUUGUAAACAGAGACAACUCUGUAUGGUUGUUUUCUCUACAUGCUUGCAAUAUCAAACUUGAGGACAAUGUUGGUUGAUUUAAUUGCUGCUGCCUUCCCUUCUGAACAUUCAUUUUGUCUGUAUGUAUAUAUGUAUGUAUGCAUCUAUCUAUACGUAUAUUUCUCUUUUGCUCACAUUUUUUUCUCUAUUCAUUCCAAUCUUAAGAUAUUCAUUGAUUGGAGUGAAGUUAGGAGAGAAGUGAAAUGACACGGAGGGAUGAACCUUUACAUCUCUUUUGUCACCAAUUGCAGACUUCUUCACUUUUUGAGAGUUUUGGUGGAAAAUAAAACCAAUUAUUGCUUAUUUUUCCAGUUUCCAAUUAUAACAUCUGACUAUAGUGUACGGUACUCCAAUUUUAUUUUGUAGUAUUUCAUUGUGUUUGUGAAUUUAUUACUAUACAUAAAUACUAACUUGAUUUCUUUAAGAGCACAUAAGAACUUCAGCAAAAAAUGUUUGAAGCAUUAUCUUUCUCUCUCAGCCACAUUGUUUUUCAUUUAGUUCAUUGGGUAUUUUUCUUAAAACACUCUCUCUCUCUCUCUCUCUAUAUAUAUAUAUAUAUCCAAUCUCGUGGAAUUUUUGAAUUUUUUUCCUCCCUCCUCAGUCCUGGAUAAUUGUUAAGGCAGCAGUUUCCAAGCAGCCCAAAAUCUUAAUAACAUUGCUACUAUGUCACCUGCAUUGGCCUUGAUGCUACCUAUUUGGUCUCUUUUUGUUUUGUAGGGAAAAGUCCCACAAAAAGCUUAAUUUCAUCUGAUUUGUGAGCGCUUUCUUUUGUGAUUUUCCCAUAUCACCUUUAAGUAGACCACUAAACCAUAUAAUUGUGUGGUUAUAUAAUUAAUUUGGAAGAAAAUGCAGUAUUGAUGGUAGGUGGUGCAUUUUUUUUUUUUUUAAUUUCACCUUGAAUUUACAAAUCAUGUCUUUUUUUACUUCAUUUGAAUUAAAGCUGAAAAUCCUUGAAGGCAUUGCUUGACAAGAAGACUUCCUAGUGCUGGUUUUCAACAUCGUAUAAAACCGCCCUUAAUUAUAUUUUCUUUUCCUUUCAUUAAAAGUGCAUUGUGUUAUUAAAUCUAAGAUUAAUAUGAUUUGUGAAGCCAAUGACAAUUAUACAAAAGAAUCUCUUAUUUGUUCUCUUUAUUCUUUUUUUAUCCCUCUUGAUUCUGGUACAUUCUUUUUUUACUAUUACUGAUAUAUGCGGUGAAUGGCUAUGCAUUGAAAUGACUGGUAUGAUUCGCUUGUGGAUUUUGGGUGUUUUAUUUUGUUUAAUGAAUCGGGUCAAGUGACUAUUCUGUUUGUUCAACUGUAUUUGGUAACUGUUGCAAAAUGUUGUUUGCUCUCGCAGCAUAGCUUGUUCUUGUUUAUGGCUCCAUAACUUUGAGUUGCUGGGGUGUCAAGCUUUAUGGAUUUCUGUAGGUUGCAUUAUUGAUGUUUUGCUUAAGUUUGUUUGGUUGCAAGAUCAGGUUGAAUCACAGUUUCAACUUGAAGAUUAAAUAAAUUGCUGCUGGAGGAAGUAAAGUCAGAAACCUUUAGUUUGGCCUCCUUUUGGCGGAAAGUUGCAGCAUGGAGGUUUUACUAGUUGAUUGCUUUGUUUUUUUCAUCUAUUUCCUUUUUGACACUUCCUUGUGGUUCUUGUUCUGUACUAGGUGUUUUGGCGUAGCUUUCUGCCUUAUUUGUCAGAGAUCAUUGAAGAAAUAAUUAGUACUAGGUUCAGGAUUGUAAUUCCAGUGCUUCUGUGAGAACUUCUCAAUCAUAACUCUGAAAUUUGCACUUUUUAAUUCUGUAAUUAUAUUGAGGUUGUUAUAUUCUCCAUAAUAAUAAUUUGAAAUUUUCAACUA